GUGACCAGAGGAUGGCGCUCCGGGCCAAAGAAAAGAAGAUGUUAGUGGUUGAGUAGGCUCAUCAAAGUUACAUUUCGGGACUGUAGGGACGUUGCUGAUAAGCAAUAAGGGCUCAUCCGGUCCAUAGAAAGCCAUGUACCCUGUAGACCUGCCAUCUGUGGAUCACAAUGACCUGACAUCUGCGUCUGAACAGUACAUGUCCUCUCUGGAGUCCAGCCCCUGUGAUAAUGAGUGGUUUCAGUCAUCGCAGACCUCAAAGGUGGCAAUAACAGCAACAAAUGUGAGCCAGCUGCAGCUGUUUGAGGAUGGCCAGCCUGCCUGCGCGGUGCUGGCACUGCACCCUUCGGAUGAUCAAACACAAGUGGUCGGCCUAUACCUGCACGGGAAGUGGUGGCUUUUGGAUGACGUCUUGCGAACGUCAAGCAAAUCCAGAAGUGGUUUGGUGUCGGUCCAGUCUGUUAUGGAGAGGGUGAUUGUAUUUCUGCUCAGUCAGAUAAUGGAGAGGCCUUCACUGUUCUCCCUGCAUCCUCCCAAAGAGAGCUGCAAAGUGCUGUGGAAAGACAACCAGGCGGUCGGCUUUUACACCGUGAAGCACAAAGGGAGUCUGUGUGACGGCUGGAGCAGCUGCUGUUACCUGCUGCCUGUUCUGGACACUGUGCUGGUGAGGAGGAGCUGCAGGAGGAGAGGCUUCGGCCUUCAGAUGCUGGAGGAUUUCUGCUCCUCCUUCUCUACGGAGGAGUUUCUGGGAGUCAGCUCUCCAUUAUCCCCCAGCAUGGCUGCAGUGUUCAAAAGGUUCCUGCAGAAGCACCAGCAGUAUCGAGAGCGUCUGUACGAGGUGGAAGCUCCAGGGGGCUGGACUCAACGACGAAACAUCUGGCUUAACAUUCAGCUCGGACGCUACUGCCUCGGUACUGAUAAGGAGAGCAGCCCAAUAUCAGGAGAAACACAGAGAAAUGCACUCAAGGACUCCUUUCACAAGACUUGUAUACUGGACCUGGGCACACUGGGAAGCACUGGUGUAAACACCGCAGUGGUGUUGGACUCUGCUGAACAGCAAUUUAAAUCGUGUGAGCCAAGUCAAGGAAGAUGUUCCCUGAGCAGCGAGCUCCCUGGAACAGGAUGUAGCCCUGCAGCCCAAACUAUCCAUGUGCAAUCUGGACCUCCCACCCGGCUCCUAAACACAGCACAGGCUUUGAAAUCCAAGGCUUCCAAAUCUACAAAGCACCACAGACAGGAACCAGAGGACAUGCAGAAAAUUCCCAAACGAGCCAGAAGUGAGUUGAAACAUGUACACACAAAGACUGCAUUCAGCAGCAGAGCCCGCAGAGAAUGUUCGGACACUUAACCGAAACCAUAUCCACAUUCAUUUAGGUGACUUUGUGUUCUUUCCAUCAAAUCAAAGUGAGUUUUGAAUGAACAGCAGACUGCAUGUACCUAAACAUGCACAAUAAACCUUUUUGUGUGUCUUUGUAG